GUAAUCUUCUACAUCACAGGUUCAAGCCAAGAAAGAAAAAGAAGAGACAAAUUAAAAUGGAGGACGGAGUUGUGGUUCUUUUAGAUGUUUGGGGAAGUACUUAUGGAAUGAGAAUAAGAAUUGCUUUAGCAGAAAAAGGAAUCAAAUAUGAGUGCAUAGAAGAAGAAAACAUUCUUGUAAAGAGCCCUUUGCUUUUGAAAAUGAAUCCGGUUUACAAAAGGGUUCCUGUUUUGAUACAUAACGGGAAACCUAUUUGUGAAUCACUCUUAAUUCUUGAAUAUAUUGAUCAAGUUUGGAAACACAAGUCCCCUGCUCUUUUGCCCAGUGAUGCUUACCAGCGAGGCGUCGCUAGAUUUUGGGCUGCAUAUGUAGAUGCAAAGAUAUACGAAGGAAGUGCGAAGAAGGUGUGGAUGAGUAGCGGAGAAGAACAAGAUAAAGUUAGUAAAGAGUUUAUAGAUUGCUUGAAGGUGAUAGAAAAAGAGCUUGGAGAAAAGCCUUAUUUCAGUGGUGAAGAAGAGAUGGGGUUUGUGGAUGUGGCUUUGAUUCCCUUGUACUGUUAUUUUUAUCCUCUUGAGAUGUUUGGAAAGUUCAGUGUAGAAACCGAGUGUCCAAAGUUAAUGAAUUGGGCAAAAAAGUGUAUGAAGAAAGAAAGUGUGUUUCAGUCGCUUGUUGAACCGAAAAAGAUAUAUCAAGCCAUGUUGGACUUCAGACAGACUACCUUAUGACUGUCGUAGGUCAUCUUUUUUUAUCAGACACAAACAAUGUAUGAAUUAAAAUUUUAGAUAUGAGCCAUUUGGGGUCAUUUUUAUAAUUUUGAUCCAGCCAAGGAGUACUAUUUAUUCAUUAUUGAGUUGGAACC